AUGUAUGCAAUAUACAUCCAACUAAAAUUGGAGACGGGCUCACGUGCUCAAUUCGAUGUUGUCGUGCCACAGCGUGAAAGUGAAAUUCAGGUGACGUUGACCAUGGAUAAUAAUAAUGGUGCGUCUCUGUCGCCAUAUACACAGCGAUCAAAGAAAGGAAGUGGCGAUUCAACGGCUAAGCUGAUGCUCAGCUCACCGCACUGUGGUGAAGAAGUUGUGAAUAAUAAUGGUUAUGGCGCAGCCAGCGAAAGAACACCGUUGAAGACGCAAUGCGCAGACUGUACAGAAGAAUUGCGGACGACGUCGAUUCAUAAUGGGCAGCACAUUGCUUAG